AGCUGCGACUUCUACAGAAAGUUUUGUUCUUGAGCAGGUUUUUACUAACAGCUGUCAUUACACAACGACUACAGUAUUACAGACUCACGAAUACAUAAACCUGCCGGUCUAAUAGUAAUCUAAUCAACAAACACGGUGUGAACAUGUGUAAUUGUUUUUUUUUUUUUUUUUCCAUAUCCUCUGGUAUCGCAGGAGUAUCCCUUGGCUAAAGGUAGACAGUUUGUUUUGUUAACUGUAACGGUUACCCUGUAAAAAAAAAUAAUAAUAAUAUAUAUAUAUGUAUAUUAUAUUUUUAUCUUUUAACGUUAUGGGCGCAUAGUAACGCACUGUUCAGACGGCGUACACCAAAAUAUCGCAGUGCAAAUGGUGUAAUAUAUGUAUUAAGGCAGCAUCUAAAAAUUGUAUAUUUAACUAAAAUUAGUCCAGUGUAGCUAACCUGCUAGCUUGGCUCAAUUUUGUUUUGAGCAACUUUGUUUCAGGCUACUUUUUUAAGGGAUUAUCGUCAAACUUGCAUCCACCAGGAGAGGGAGUGUUGUUCGCGGCCAUUCUCUUACUGCGCCACUUUAAGUGAAAUGGGAAGCCUUGAAACCUCCAUGUUUGUAUCUUAAAAUUGCGAGCGGAGUUGAGCACCAUAUUGAAUCAAAGUUGCCAUCUCCUUGACAAAUGUUUUAUAACUUUCAGGCUUCAAACUUUAGCGCGUAUCUGAGCGGACGACAACAUCCGAAGUGUAAUGGACGUGCUGUAGGCGAGUUGUUGCGAUGUUUCCCGGGGCGCUUCAGCUUCGUUUUCGUACAUGUUAAGUUGUUUUAAUGCAGCACCGAGUCAGUCCAAUCUCUAACUUUAAAGUGUGAGGUCAGCACUCUGGACCAGACCUGGAUGUGAUGGACACUCCGUCCUCAAUAAUCACCCAAGUCAGCCGGGAUGAAGAGGGAAGUAAAGCCGCAGGAGAGAGGGGGUCUUCACCCUCUCUCUCCUCCAAGAAGCCCAGGAGCAGAGGCCUCUUCUCCAGCCUCUUCUGCUGCCUGUGCCGGGACCAGCCCGAACCCCAACCAGUCAACAACAACGCCCCUCUGUUGGUCGAAGAGAACGGCACCGUGUCCAAGAUCCAGGUGAAGCCACUGCUGCCUCCAGUGAAGUCAAAAGACUCUGGAAAGAUCUGUGUGGUGAUAGAUCUGGAUGAGACAUUAGUUCAUAGCUCUUUUAAGCCCGUGAACAAUGCAGAUUUCAUCAUUCCUGUUGAAAUAGAUGGAACAGUACACCAGGUGUAUGUCCUGAAGCGGCCCCAUGUUGAUGAGUUCCUGAAGAGAAUGGGAGAAUUGUUUGAGUGUGUCCUGUUCACUGCCAGUUUAGCCAAGUAUGCAGACCCCGUCUCGGACCUCCUGGACAAGUGGGGAGCUUUCCGCUGCCGUCUGUUCCGGGAGUCCUGCGUCUUCCACCGAGGUAAUUACGUCAAGGACCUGAGUCGCCUGGGUCGCGACCUAAACAAGGUCAUCAUCGUGGACAACUCCCCUGCCUCCUACGUCUUCCACCCUGACAAUGCAGUGCCUGUGGCCUCGUGGUUCGACGACAUGUCCGACACCGAGCUGCUGGACCUCAUCCCCUUCUUCGAGAGGCUGAGCAAAGUGGAUAACAUCUACACAGUCCUCAAGCAUCAAGGGACCGCAAGCUAACAGUGUUCGACUUCUCAUCUCAGCUCUGAACAAAACGGCGUACAAAACGGAAAUGCACACACCAGCGAGGCUCCAGCAUCAGCACCAGCGAUCACUGCCCACCAGAACACAGACUGCUUCACAGCUGACAGAGCCUUCACCUUCCCAGUAUCAAACCGAGAUCACGUCGGGAGUCUUCAGUGACUUUGACGGCGUCAUCACAGCCACCUCCUGGUCAAACAGAAAACUGCCAGAAAUUUGCCUUGUAACUUUCUCCAUAUCCGCCUACCAUGGGGCAGCUGAUGUGUGUGAAUGGAUGGAUGGACGAAUGUUUAAGGACAUUUCUGCAGUGUCUAUGAACUUGCAGUAGAGUUAACAAAGCACAGGUCUGUAGCCAUGAAUCCUCUGGACGCAGACUGGGUACUGGACAUAGACUUCUCUCAUGGAUUCAGCAGUCUGUUCCUGCAAAAGAUGCAGGAUUUGCUAAGAAGGAAUCAAGAGCAGAUGGUGUAUACGUACUGUGGAAUAGCAUUACCCUAAUUUCGUCACUUAUCACACUAUUUGUCUGCAGUCAAAAGCAUGUGAUCCUCGGGUGACAUUUUAGAUUUUUAAGAGCAAUGUGAUCAGGUAUUUUUGAAUAAUCAUGACAGUGUUAUGGAGGAAUCUGAUCAAAAAAAAGUUUCUUCUUUAAAAACUAAGUUGAGUUGUAAUGUCAAAUAUAAUCCGGAGCUGUUAAAUUCACUAAUGGCAAAAUGAUUGGACAGCACUUUACAAGUAUAGUCUGUAGUCCUCCCUUUCAAUGCAUAUAGAAAUUGAUUUUAGCACAAUUUGUAAACUAAACCCGUUAAAAACAGCAUUGCAUAAUAAAUGGGGAUCAUUUUUUGGGAUUUCUGGUAUCAAAACUAGUGCUGCUUUUGCAGCAGGAAGCAAUACAACACUUGGGAACAUAAAUCAUUGGGAAAAUCAAUGUACACCACUAAUCCAUUUAAAAACUUUUUUUCAGUGAAAAUUGGUAUAAACCCAAAACACUGAGCCCUAUUUAACAAGCCAAGUUUUGAUAGCAAAGUGUCGACACUGAAACGAAUGAUGACUGCAGUAUUUUUCCUAAAAACCUGACACUAACAUGAAUAUCAAAUCAUCUGCACAUGACGGUCAAAGAGCAGCUGCUAUGUUUAUCGGACGUGGAUUUCCAAGAGUGGUUUAAAGAUUGAUGGACAGCCAAAAUGCAAUGUAUCUGCACCUGUGUGUCAAUAGAUGCCAUGAACAGUUGACUCCAGAGACAAGAGGACCAGGAUAGACUUGUAAAACCGCUUGGAAAUCGGUAAUCAAUUCAGCUCCUUGUUUUAAAGCCACACAAAACUUGAAUUUCUCACAUUUACAGACUGUAUUUGAAUGGAACAACGAAAGCUGUUUGAUGCAAAAAAAAAGUUUGGCUUGUUUGGUUCUCAUAAGCGUCGAAGUGCAACUUUUUUUUUUCUUUUUUCCCCUAAGCGGUACACAGAGGCUGGAAACAAUUUCAGGAAUUUGUAAUAAAAUGUGUGUUGAGCGGGGGAGCUGCCAUGAGGACUCAAGGAUAUGUGCGGUGCUGUGCCUGGUGAGCAGGCACACCUUUUGAAGAGAAAAAGUGGUUUAAUUCAGUCCAUAUUUAAAGGAGAAAUCCACCCUGAAACACUUCAACACUGUUAAUAAACAGCUAUUGGUGAUUUAUCUUGCACCUCUGGGUCCUUUCUGUAAUUUGGCUGGAUAGUCUUAUUCUGUUGGAUUGACAUGACGUCAUGUUGGGAUCAUUCGAGUGCAGCUACGAUGGAGUUUAAUAGGUCUAAACCCUGAACAGUAAAUGUCAGGUUCUGUGUUUUCUUUGAGAAAUAAACCACAGAAGAGGCAGAGAUAGUCACAGUAGCAGAAAAUACGCAUUAUUCUUUUAAAGUGAAAAUGACGUGUAGCAGUGUGAGGUGAUGUGAGGGUAGAACAGUCCUUUUUAAAAAUCUCAUUGACCACAUUGUAUCUGUAUUGCUUUUUUAGCUCUACAUGGGGAUGCUCAGUUUCGCGAGCGACUCAAACCUCUUUGGUCCUGUCAGUUUUAAGGAGCAGCGUGGCCUCUUGCAGGCCUUUCAGACUUGGUAUCUCCCUCAUAUGCGUUGACAAUACUGUGUGUUGACACUUAUGAAUGAAACUGCGGAUUUGACUAAGAGCCUCCAUAGCAGGCUUGUGAUGUGACUUUACCUAGAUGGGGCAGGGAUGACAAUUAAAUCCACCAUAUUAAGAGCUAUUACCUUAUUUUUCGAUGUUUAACAAAUUAUUGUCAAUCAAAUUAGCCUUUUUUCUUUUCUAAAUAAUUACAGAUUUUUUUCCUUUAUGUUUUGCCCAGGAGUGCUCCUCUGAUACAAUGUUUGUGGUUUGUUUUUGCAGUUUUCAUGCAAGACCUGGUUGUUACCUCAUGUAUUGAUAGGUAAUAUAUGGAUCAGAAACACCAGCAAAUGACUAAAAGGAUAGUAUCUUACUGUUGUAGGCACAUAACAGGGUAAUUAUUUUGAUGUGUUUCAUGUAAGCCAUCAUCACGUCUCAAUUAGGUUAAAUGCUGAUAACUGUUGUUUUUUUUUGAAAAUUCAUUGGCGAACAGGAGUAUUUAUAGGAAUGUUAAGUAAUUUUGUCAGUCAUUUGAUUACAUACAAGUGUUGUGUCACUACAGGGCCCAUUCACUGAUACUGUACUUCUUACACAUUCAGUAGAUAUGUAUAUUUUGUUUUGCACAGUAAUAAAGCAAACAAAUUUUCGUUAAUAUAUGGAAUAUUCAUGUUACUGUACUAUGAUUGAAUAGAUGUAACCUAGUGUUUUGACCUUUUGUUUUAUCAUACCAAAUUAUAUAUGGACUCUAUGUAAUAAUGCCAUUUCCCCCCCCUCCAUAAAUGCUAAAUGAAAGAUGGACCAAG